AUGGCUCAACCUGUACUACACUUCUGCUUGCUGGGGACGGCUCUGCUCACAGCUUUUUCAGCAGACUCCUUGUUUAACCAGAGCUCUAAUGUCACUGUGUUACGGGGACAUUCUGUUAUUCUGAACUGCUCUGUGGCUAAUAUAAAUACACCUAGAUAUACCUCACAGUGGGAUUUUAUGCAUGACAAACGGACAAUUAUACAGAUGUGGAGAAACAAUGAGAAUUAUUUAAACAAUAAAGUGUUUGUGGUACAUGAGAAAUAUGCAUCAUUAUCAUCACUGGUGAUCCAAAAGGCAGAACUAAACCAUACCGGAUACUACAACUGCAGUAUAAUUGUCACUAUACCACCUCCAACCAAGACCCUAUAUGGAACUCUAUUUCAUCUUAUUGUACAAGCUGCCCCUCAGGUGUCCCUCUCUCAAGCUCAUCAUGAUGAUAGUGUCACUGUCACCUGCACUAUAAGUGGGUUCUACCCAGAACACAUAAAAAUCUCACUCUGCAGCUCAUGUACAGGAUGCAGAGAGCUGGCAAACAGUGCCAUGCCUGUAAAAAUGCCAGAUGGGACCUACAGUAUCACACGCAGUGUCCAGCUAGGUGUCUCUGUCUGUGACAAUGACAUAGUGACGUGUACAGCAGAACAUCAAGCAGGUCGGAACAGCCAGAACAUCAGUAUCUCUCAAGGGUCACCUAGAAAUGGUAGGUCUGUCACUCAAUAA